AUGGUAUUGGCAUCAGCUGCACCUGGAUUACGUCCACUGCAAGGUCGUGCUGCUGAAUUGGCUGCGACACGUGCUUUACCAGCUUUAGAAUAUGAAGAGGUUCGCGAUAAAUUUGGACAAUUCGCACUGCGCUAUAUUACAGCGGAAGGAAUUGUUGUAUCAGAACGCGGCCGCCUGGUACCAAACCUGGAAGGUGAUGGAUAUGUCCUCAUCACCGAAGGAGAGAUCUCAUAUAUCAGUGACGACGGGAAAACGUACGUCACAAAGUUCACUGCCGGUAUUGAUGGAACUCACAUGGAAGGGAACCAUCUGCCUACUACUCCAAAACCAAUUUCUGAAGCCACAGCGUUAAGCCCUGAAGAAACAGAACCUGUCCCAAUUACGCAGGAAGUAGAGCCGGAAAAUGAAGAAGUUGUUUAA